UCUUCACUUUGUCCGGCGGAUUAUCAACUCAUCAGAACCGAACUCGACCGGUGGAAGCGGAGCAGAGAUGCCGCUCCUCCACAGAAAAGCCUUCAUCCGACAGAAAGCUCCGGCUGACCUGAGACCCGAGGAGGAAGUGUUCCUCUGCAAGAUCACGCACGAGAUCUUCAGGACCUACGAUGAGUUCUUUGAGCGGACCAUCCUGUGUAACAGUCUGGUGUGGAGCUGCUCUCUGACGGGUCGAGCAGGUUUAACGUAUCUUGAAGCGAUGGACAGCGAGCGGCGAGCGAAGCAGAGUCUGCAGAGCUUCCCGUCCGUCCUGCUGUCUCCGCUGCUCCACCUGGCGUCUCUGAGCCGCCGCUGCAGGCUGACGGAGCUCUGCGAAGACGUCUACACCUUCGUCAAAGACCGCUUCUUCCCCGGAGAGACGGUCGACGUCAGCGGGCGCAACGGAGCCAGACAUGUGUGUCAGAUCCUGCAGGUUCACUCUCCUCAUUCCAGCGUUAACGGAGCGCCGGCGGCAAACGGUCACGCCAAGUCUGCCGGCGGCGACGCCAUCGUCAUCAGUGACAGCGACGAAGAGCGCGACGCCUUCCAGAGCCCCCCCGCUCAGCUCAAUGGGAAGAAGAAGAAGAAGUCUCUGAGUCCGUCGGUGUUUAAAUACACGGUGAAGAUGAUGAAGGACGAACACAGCGAACCGUUUACUGUCAAAGCCAAUCAGAUCAGUCGGAGGAAGAACGUUCUGUCCAGAGAACGUCUGAAGCUUCUCUUCAAGCAACACUGUGAACCUCAGAACGGGACCAUCGGCCUCAAGCCCUCCACAGUGAUGAAGUAUCGGCUCUCUGAACAAACCUUCUCUCAGUUCUUCCCUGAUGAUCCGCCGCUGUUCCCCUUCAGCCCCGCCAGAGGCCGAGGCUCACCUGGACAGGCGAGCUCGUCGCUGCUGAAGGCUGCGGAGGAGAAGCUGCUGCAGCAGAGGGAGGAGGCCAACGCUCAGGAUAAAGCUCGGCUGAAGAAGGAGAAGGAGGAGGCGCAGGAGGCGCGGAGGAGAGAGAAGGAGGACAAGGAGAAGAUGAAGGAGGAGCAGAGGAGGAGGUUCGAGGAGGAGAAGCAGAGGAGGAGGGAGGAGAAGGAGCGCAGGAAGCUGGAGAAGGAGAGGGAACGAGAGAAGCUGAAGGAGGAGAAGAAGAAAUACGCGGAGCGACUGAAGCUGUGGAACAAACCCAGAGAAGACAUGGAGUGUGAAGACCUGAAGGACCUUCCCAGUCCCGUCCCAGUGAGGACUCGUCUCCCAGCUGAUCUGUUUGGAGAAGCUCUGAUGGUUCUGGAGUUCCUUCGUGCGUUUGGUGAAGUGUUCGACCUGAAGGACGAGUUCCCCGACGGGGUCUCUCUGGAGGUUCUGGAGGAAGCUCUGGUGGAGUCUGAUCCUGAAGGUCCUCUGUGUGAGCUGCUCUUCUUCUUCCUGUCGGCCAUCUUUCAGGCUCUGGAUGAGGAGCAGGAAGAGAUGGCUAAAGACCAGGCUGAAGACUUGUCGGAGGCUCUGGACGAUGACUCUGACCCGACCCAGUCCGUGCUGAGUGCCGUGGCGUCGCUGGCUGCGGCGUGGCCUCAGCUGCACCAGGGCAGCAGCCUGAAGCAGCUGGACCUGGACAGCUGCACGCUCUCCGAGAUCCUGCGCCUCUACAUCCUGGCGUCCGGCGCCGACUGUAACCACGGCAACGCCAAGUUCCGCUACCAGAAGCAGGGCGGGUUCACGCUGAUGGACGACCCGUGCGUGGAGCUGCGAUUGGCCGAGCCGGCGCUGCUGAAGAGGCUGGCGUGCACGGCGGUGUACGACCUGGCGCCAGGAGAGAAGCUGAGGAUCCUGCAGGCUCUGGUGGGGAAGCUGCUGACGUUGGCGUCCAGCAGAGAUCUGAUAGAAGACUGUGUGGAAGAACAACGAGCAGCGAGACAAGAGCUGAGAGAGAUCAGAGCUGAGCAACACCGCCGAGAGAGAGAGGAGGCUGCUCACAGGGUUCGUCUCCGUAAAGAGGAGAGACUUCGUGAGCAGGAGCAGAGGCUGAAGGAGAAGGAGGAGAAGCUGAAGGAGCAGGAGGAGAAGGGAACUCCAAACAGACAGGUAGAGGAGGAGGAGGAGGAGGAGGAGGAGCAGGGGCAGGAGCAGGGGCAGGUAGAGCAGGAAGAGAGAGAGGAAGAGGAGGAGGAGGAGAGAGAGGAAGAGGAGCAGGUAGAGGAGGCGGUCGCUAAGCAACACGCUGAGGAUGACGAGGAGUCUUCACCCAAGAAGAAGAUGAAGGGCAACCAGAAAGAAAAACAGCAGGCGACCUCUGACCCCAAAGCCUCGUCCUGCCCCCCCACCAGCCUGACGGCAGAGGAGCUGGAGGAAGAGCAGGAGAAGGUUCGAGAGCUGCAGGAUCGGAUCCAGAAGGCGGCCGCCUGCACCUGCCUGCUCCCUCUGGGCCGGGACCGUCUGUACCGCCGCUACUGGCUCCUCCCGUCCGGCUCCGCCCUGUUCGUGGAGGACGACGGCUUCGGCCUGACGGAGGACAUGCUGCGGCCCAACCCGAAGCCCGCGCAGGACGCCAGCAGCGCCGCCGGGGAGGAGGAGGACGGAGUGAAGGAGGAGCCGGCGGAGGGAAAUGUCGGCUCCAGCCCCGCCCCCACACACACCUGCGGCCCCCCCGUCAACCGUCCCAACCAGUGGUCCUUCUACAGCUCUGUGGAGGAAGUGGAUCAGCUGAUCGAGGCUCUGAACCCGCGAGGUCACAGAGAGAGCGGCCUGAAGGAGGCGCUGCUGCAGGAGAGAGAGAGACUGCAACAGCUGCUGCACAGCUGUGAUAGCAACAAGUACACACACACAGACGAUCCAGAGUCGUCCCGAUCCGUCCCAGAAUGCACUGCUGCAGCUGAGACAGUGAUGGAGGUCAGACUGAGAGACCUGCUGCUGGACAUCGAGGACCGCAUCCACCAGGGAACUCUGGGAACUCUGAAGGUGAUGGACAGGCAGGUGUGGCGCUCCGCACUGGAAGCAGGAAACUAUGAGCUGCUGUGUUCUGACGGCAAAGAGAACGGAGGGAUGAACGGACGAGUGGAGGCCAUGGAGGUAGAGUCUGCUCACCUGAGAGCCAGAGACAGGCUGCAGGAGCUGAGGUCGGACCGUGUGGCUCCGUGCAGCAGCAGCGGCAGCGGGACUCCUCAGGCCGUCAGCAGCGCCGUACGAGUCCUGGCUCAGGCUCUGGUCCACAUCGAGCAAGGCAUCGAGAGGCGCUUCCUCAAAGCUCCGCUGGGUGAGGAAGACUCAAAGAAAGACCAGAAGACGAAGAAGAACAAGAGGAAGGACGAGGACCAGGCCAGCGAUGACGGCAGUGACAGUGGUCGGGUCAUGAAGACGGUGUUGGACAGAUGGAAGGAGUCUCUGCAGUCCUGCUCCAGUCUGUCUCAGGUGUUUGUCCACCUGUCCAGUCUGGAGCGCAGCGUUCUCUGGUCGCGCUCCGUCCUCAACGCUCGCUGUCGCAUCUGCAGACGCAAAGGAGACGCAGACAACAUGCUGCUGUGUGACGGCUGUGACCGAGGACACCACACACACUGUCUGAGGCCCCGCCUGAAGUCGGUUCCAGAGGGAGACUGGUUCUGUCCGGACUGUCGACCCAAACAGAGAUCCAGCCGGGUCCCAUCCCGUCAGCGCUCCUCUAUCGACGAGGAGGAGGAAGAGGAGGAGGAGGAUGAAGAGGAAGAGGAGGAGGAAGAAUCUGAGGAGGAAGAGGAGGAGUCAGAAGAAGAGGAGGAGUCUGAGGAAGAGGAGGAGGAGGAAGUGGUAGUGAGCGCCAAGAAGAGCCAAGCCCCGCCCCCCAGAGGCAAGAGCCAGCCGACCACGCCCAAAGGCCAACAGGCCACGCCCAAAGGCCAACAGGCCACGCCCAAAGGCCAACAGGCCACGCCCAAGAGCAGCGCCGCCUCAGCAGGGAAAACCUCCUCCACCUCUAAGUCCUCAGGGAAGAAGGCCACGCCCCCGUCAGCCAAGGCCAGCACAGCGUCCGGUAAAGCUCCGCCCCGCGCCGGGAGUCGGACCAGCGCCCGUCUGAGCCACGAGAUCCUGGCACCGAACAGCAGCACCAAAACCUCACCAGGUCCCAACGAGACCCGCAAGAGACCACAGACAGAUGUGACUCCUCCUUCUAAACCCUCCAAGCCCGUCCUCCCUCCUGCCUCCUCCUCCUCCUCCACCUCCUCCUCCUGCACCUCCUCCUCCUCCAGCCGCCGCUCCUCUGGGAGGAACCACGGCGUCCACGAGCUGUCGGCCUGCGAGCAGCUGACCGUGGAGCUCGUCAGACAUGAAGACAGCUGGCCCUUCAUGAAGCUGGUGUCCAGGACUCAGGUUCCUGACUACUAUGACAUCAUCAAGAAGCCGAUCGCCCUCAGCACCAUCAGAGAGAAAGUGAACAACUGUGAAUAUCAGACGGCAGGUGAGAAGAUCAUCAACCAGAGUCUGUUAUACACACCAUGA